AUGGCACCGUUUGAAGCCUUAUAUGGUAGAAGGUGUAGAACAUCGGUAUGUUGGUAUAAAUCUGGAGAGGGUGUAGUAGUUGGACUGGAGAUAGUCCAGCAAACCACUGAGAAGAUUAAAAUGAUUAAGGAGAAGAUCAAGGCUUCCCAAAGUCGUCAGAAGAGUUAUCAUGAUAAGAGGAGGAAAGACCUUGAGUUUGAGAAGGGGGAUCAUGUUUUUCUGAGAGUUACUCCGGUAAUAGGUGUUGGUCGAGCGUUGAAGUCAAGAGAGUUGACUCCGCGUUUCAUUGGUCAAUUCCAGAAAUCAGAGAGAGUAGGUGUAGUGGCUUAUCGAAUUGCCUUGCCACCGUUACUUGCUAAUCUCCAUGAUGAAUUCCAUGUGUCACAGUUGAAGAAAUACAUCGCAGAUCUGUCACAUGUGAUUCAAGUUGAUGAUGUUCAGGUUAGAGAUAACUUGACAGUGGAGACUUUGCCUAUGAGGAUAGAAGACAGGGAAGUGAAGCAGCUACGUGGUAAGGAGAUCGCUUUAGUGAGGGUUGCUUGGGAAGGACCAGCAGGUAGAAAUAUCACAUGGGAGUUAGAGAGUCAGAUGAAGGAGUCUUAUCCUGAGCUGUUUGUCUAA